AUGGAGAGCCAAGAGGGCAAGCCCCCACUCCCCACCACAGCCAGGGUUCGGCAGCUCCAGCCCACCCUGGUGCUGACCACCCUGAGCGCAGCCUUCGGCUCAGCCUUCCAAUAUGGCUAUAACAUCGCUGUGGUCAACACGCCACACCAGGUCCUAAAGGCGUUUUACAACGAAACCUAUUUCGAGCGACAGGGAAGGUUCAUGGACGAGAGGACCCUGCUGCUCCUGUGGUCCUGCACCGUGUCCAUGUUUCCUCUGGGUGGUCUGUUGGGGUCAUGGAUCGUUGGCCCAAUGGUGGACACAUGUGGCAGGAGGGGGACACUCCUGAUCAACAACAUCUUUGCCAUUGUCCCUGCCAUCCUGAUGGGCGUCAGCAAAGUGGCCCGGGCAUUCGAGCUCAUCAUCUUUUCCCGAGUGCUGCUGGGAGUCUGUGCAGGCGUCUCCUACAGUGCUGUGCCCAUGUACCUGGGAGAACUGGCUCCCAAGCAGCUGCGGGGCACCGUGGGCACCAUGACCGAGGUGUUCGUCAUCGUGGGCGUCUUCCUGGCACAGAUUUUCAGCCUCCAGGCAAUCCUGGGCAACGAAUCAGGCUGGCCCGUGCUCCUGGCCGUCACUGGGAUCCCCGCAGUACUGCAGCUCCUGUCGCUGCCCUUCUUCCCGGAGAGUCCCCGCUACACGCUGAUCCAGAAAGGAGAUGAGGAGGCCGCCCGGCGAGCUCUGCGGAAGCUGAGAGGCCGUGCGGCUGCUGCCGCGGUGGAGGAGGAGCUGGACGACAUGCGGGAGGAAGAGAGGGCCGAGCAAGCCGAGGGCCACCUGUCAGUGCUCAACCUGUUCACCUUCCGGCCCCUGCGCUGGCAGCUCAUCUCUGUCAUCGUGCUCAUGGCGGGCCAGCAGCUGUCAGGGAUCAACGCGAUUAAUUACUAUGCAGACACCAUCUACACAGCAGCCGGUGUGGCCGCCUCUCACUCCCAGUACGUGACGGUGGGGGCCGGCGUGGUCAACAUUGUGAUGACCAUCAUCUCGGCAGUGGCUGUGGAGCGCCUGGGACGGCGGCUGCUCCUGUUGGUGGGUUAUGGUGUCUGUGGCUGCACCUGCCUGGGGCUCACCGUGGCGCUCCGCUUCCAGAGCGCGGUGGCUGAGCUGUCCUAUCUGGGCGUGUUCUGUGUUUUUGCUUACAUCGCGGGACACUCCAUCGGGCCCAGUCCCGUGCCCUCGGUGGUGCGGACGGAGAUCUUCCUGCAGUCCUCCCGGCCCGCCGCGUUCGUGGUGGACGGCACCGUGCAUUGGCUCACCAACUUCAUCAUAGGCUUCGUCUUCCCGUCUGUGCAGGAGGCCAUCGGCGCCUACAGCUUCAUCAUCUUUGCCGGCGUCUGCCUGCUUACCGCCGUGUUCAUCUACCUGGUUCUCCCUGAGACCAAGGGCCGGACAUUCGUGGAAAUCAACCGCGGCUUUGCCAAGAGGAAUGGGGUGGAAAUCCCGGAGAAGAAAGAGGAAGUUGAAGGAGCCCAUCCCACUGGGCCCUCCGCGACGGUGAAGGAAACUUCCUUUUGA